CUGUUAACACACGGCGUAUCGCCGUCAUCUAACUGAUAUAGGCGUUCAGAGAUCAGUAGUUAAUUCCACGUGAAGAAUGAAGGAUAACAGGAAAGAAGGGUGGCCCUUCGCACAGAGUACAAGAAACAUCAGUAGAUGUCAGUGGAUACGACUCAUCGCUCACGAGUACCAGAGUAAGAGUCAGUAAGAGUACCAGCACCAGCACCAGCGUCUGUCAAGUGCAAUUGAGUGUAGUUAAGUGCAUACUGGUGCAUAGGAUGCACUGCAUACUCGCGUGUAUUCCUGAUACCUGCUCGCUGCAAUUCUGAGUGAACGCUUGCGUCGAGGCGUCAAGACACAAGCUCGCCAACGUUUGCGUCACUCAUAGAAAAUACAAUAUUCUCUCGUUAUAAGCUCGAUUUUCUCUUCAACGCUGUAACGUGUAUUAAAGCUGUGACAAAACAAUAUUACCGACGAUCUCGUUAAAAGUUUAUCAGCGAUUUUCAAGCAGAGGGCUUAUAACGAGGCAACAUCGAACAGAGACGGAUAAUUUAGAUCGAACGAGACUCACGAGAGAGUUUUAAAACCAUGAAAAAAUAUACAGUGUAAUACAUGCCUAUUAAACGUGAUAACAGUAUUUUUUCUUAAAUAUCAAAUUUAUCAAACACAAUAUUACCAUGAAUUCUGUAAUUGCAUUUACCUUGAUGUUAGUCAUGUUAAUUAAUGUCAGGGAUGGAUUCUUGAUAUCCCAACAUCCAAAGCUAUUAGUGGUAUCUUAUGAUGCCUUCAGAUAUGACUACUUUAACAGAAACCUAACACCGUUCAUGAACAAAUUAAAACAUGAAAGUACACAUACCGAUUAUAUAAUGAAUGUCUUUGUCACUAAAACAUUUCCUAAUCAUCAUACUAUGGCCACAGGAUUAUAUGCAGAAACGCACGGUGUUGUGGAUAAUGAAUAUUAUGAUCCCAUUUCAGGGAAUACAACUAAAUAUUCAUAUGAUUUGUAUCAUUAUGACAACAAGAUUCUUCCCAUUUGGACUGCUAAUGAGAAAGGAGGAGCACAAAGACGAAGCGGCACAAUGAUGUGGCCUGGUGGAAUAUACGAGUAUCAAGGAAUUUCAGCUACAUUUUCACAGAUUUUUAACGAGACUAUACCUUGGGAAGAAAGAAUAGACACUUUGGUAUCAUGGUUUGUUCAUCCGACACACCCGAUAAAUUUUGGUAUAUUAUAUAUUGAAGAACCAGAUUAUCAUGGUCAUAUAUUUGGAAUAAGUGGCCCUGAGUUUGACAAUAUUUUGAGGAAAUUGGACAAUAUAACCAAGUAUUUACACUAUAAGAUAGAACAGCAUGGUUUACAUGAUCUAAACAUUGUUCAUUUGAGUGAUCAUGGAAUGGCACCUGUAAAACUAGAUAGGAUAAUAGAUCUAACAAAGUAUAUUAACAGUUCUGACUACAAGUUUGUGGGUACCUCACCAGGCUUACACAUUUUCCCUAAUCCUGGUAAAGAAGAUAUUAUUUAUCAAGCUUUAAAACAAGCAGCACAGAGUCAAAAGGCUUUCACGGUCUACAAACGAGAGGAGAUUCCUCAGAAGUAUCAUUAUGGAAACAAUACACGCGUUGGCUCUAUUUUUGUUAUUGCUGAAGUUGGAUAUGCAUUUCAGAAUCUUCUCGAGACUAUAGAAUACUAUAAAAAGAAAUUCAACAUUACAGUAAAUGGUGACUCAGAGUUUGGCUUGCAUGGAUAUGAUAAUGCAGCAAUAGAGAUGCAUCCAUUCUUCUUUGCAAUGGGUCCUGCAUUUAUACCCAAAUGUAAACUAGAACCUUUUAACAAUAUAGACUUAUUCCCCUUGUUUUGUAAAAUACUUGACUUAGAGUGCCCCAAGGUAAAUGGCACUUUAUCGCAUAUAACCAAGUGCCUUAAGAGACAUCAACAGGAUAUAACAAUUAUUGCUUACAGAAUGAUAUUUGUAGCCACCACUAUUUCUAUGAUGUUAGUUGGGAUUAUAGCAGCAAUAGUACUUUUUUAUAUGAGGAAACGAAAAUUAAGAUCAAGAAGUUACAAAAGAAUACUGGAAGAUUUGGAAGCACAGUACCGUUGGGAUGUAAAUCACGAUAUUCAAAAUCCUACUUGCAAAUUAAACCAUUUCCCAGAUUUAUUCAUUAUUUCAUGCCACACGAAUAGUAGAGGAAAUAUUAAGUAUAGGAAAUCCCUUUUUCAAUGUCGGUGACACGUGCUUCACGCGUUGCACGGCACAACGUAAUACCUUUAAACUACAUAUAAAUGAGAAAAUAAUACUACUGUGAUACUGAAAAUCGUUUAAUUCAGACAAAUCUCUGAAUAGUACACUUAAAUAAGCGAACAAAUUGUACUAGUUUGUAUACUAGGUAUACAGAUUUUUGUGGGUUUCCAAGAUAUACUUUCCACGAACAUCUUAUUCUUUUAGAUAGUAUAAUCUAACCUUAUACAAUAACUGAACAUACAAUUUUUAUUUGUAUUCGUUGUUAAUAUGAUGACGUAAAAUUAGUGAGAUGUUAUGCGCGAGCAACAUCUAUGGUAAAUUGGGAAUACAACAAAUUAACAUGCACAGUAUUACUUUAGAAUAUAGAUUGUAAGGUGACUCAGCAUCUACAGGGAGUUAAGAAAUUACAUGUC